UUUUUUUUUUUUUUUUUUUUUUUUUUUUUUUUUUUUUUUUAAAUGAGAGGUGAAAAAUGGGACGAGAGAGAGAGAGAGAGAGAGAGAGAGAGAGAGAGAGAGAGAGAGAGAGAGAGAGAGAGAGAGAGAGAGAGGAGAGAGAGAGAGAGAGAGAGAGAAAGAGAGAGAUAGAGAGAGUGUUAGAGAGGGAGAUAGUGGAAGAGAAAGAGAGGGGGAGAGGGAGGGAGAGAGGUAGAGAGAGAGAGGGGGGGGGGAAGAGAGAGUGAGAGGGGCAGGGAGAGAGAGGGAGGUAAAGGACAAGAGG